UGUCGCUGCAGUCGGUAAAUGGACGUUUGAUGUGGUGUUUGUCAAGAUUGUGCUUAUUGUGUGUUUACAGUGAUUUUAUUCCCCGUUACUAUAAUCCUAAUUGAAGUAAACGCUUUUAAGGAGUAGAUGAAGGUGACAGAAUGUCUCGCAACAAAGACAAGCAUGAGGGCGCGAGUGGGCGCACAUACCACAUUAUGUCGGAGGCGGAACGCGCCUCCGGUCGCCGCGGUGGUUGGACCACGCUUGAGGUAACAGGAGGUGUGCGCGCUCUGGCGCCCCCACUCUUUCAACUGACGCACCUGACAGCGUUGUACCUCAAUGACAACUCUCUGCAGCGAAUCCCGCCGGACAUCAACCAGCUGGUCAACCUUCAUACCCUGGACGUGUCUAAUAACAAGCUACGCUCGCUGCCAGCUGAACUCGGGGACCUUAUACAACUUAGGGAAUUGCACCUCCACAAUAACUACCUGCGAGUCUUGCCGUACGAGCUGGGCAAGCUGUUCCACCUCCAGAUGAUGGGGCUCCAAGGAAACCCCCUCAGUAAGGAGAUGCUCUCCAUCUACAACGACAACAACGGCACGGCCAAGCUGCUUACCUACAUGCUCGACAACUUGCAAGGUACGUACCUUCUUCAGAAGUUGGGGAGAGGCGCACACGCGAAUUUGGUUACUGCCACCCUGCCCCCGCAGAGGCCUUGGAUCCCACUUACCCGACCAAAUAGGACGCGGCCGACAUGUAUUUUCACAGUGAUGUGUUACAACGUUCUGUGCGACAAGUACGCAACGCGACAGAUGUACGGAUACUGCCCGAGCUGGGCAUUGGAAUGGGACUACAGGAAGAAGGGCAUUCUUGACGAGAUCAGACAUUAUUCAGCCGAUAUCAUCAGUCUACAGGAGGUGGAAACGGACCAGUUCUACAACUUCUUCUUGCCGGAGCUAAAGCAGGACGGGUAUGAUGGCAUCUUCUCACCUAAAUCGCGUGCGAAGACCAUGUCAGAGUCUGAGAGGAAGUACGUAGACGGGUGCGCUAUCUUCUUCAGAUCUGCCAAGUUUGCGUUAGUAAAAGAGCACCUGAUAGAGUUCAACCAACUAGCGAUGGCGAACAGUGAGGGGUCGGACAACAUGCUCAACAGAGUCAUGCCCAAGGACAACAUCGGGCUAGCCGCCUUGUUGAAGACCAAGGAAGCUGCCUGGGAGAAUGAUUUCUCAGGUAUACCAACGGACUCGAGCAUGCUAGGGCAGCCCAUCCUAGUAUGCACUGCUCAUAUUCAUUGGGACCCGGAGUUUUGCGACGUGAAGUUGAUUCAGACGAUGAUGUUGAGCAACGAACUGCGAAGUAUACUGGAUGACUCGGCGCGGACGUUGCGCCUGGCGGGGCAGAGGGAUAACGUGCAGUUGCUGCUUUGUGGGGACUUCAACUCGCUGCCUGAUAGUGGUGUAGUGGAGUUCCUGUCGGCGGGCCGCGUGUCAUCCGAGCACAGAGACUUCAAGGAGCUGGGCUACGCGGCGUCACUGCGCCGCAUGCCGGGCUCCGAGCACGAGUUCACGCACAACUUCAAACUGGCGUCCGCAUACAGCGAGGAUAUCAUGCCUUACACCAACUACACGUACGACUUCAAGGGGAUAAUCGACUACAUAUUCUACAGCAAGCAGACGAUGACGCCGCUCGGAUUGCUCGGGCCGCUGUCGCAGGAUUGGUUCCGCGAACACAAGGUGGUCGGCUGUCCGCACCCACACAUACCUUCAGAUCACUUCCCCCUCCUGGUGGAGCUGGAGAUGUCUCCGCAGACGAGCAACUCGAACGGCCUGAUCGGGCGCAGGUAGCACCCCGCGCCGCGCCGCGCGCCCACCGCGCCCCCCGCGCCGCACAAGCGAUAGCUCCACGCCGCCACGCCGCGCCGACGUAACGUAUACACACAUCAGAUACAGCUAGCAUAGCGGACACGCGACUUGACACUCCAGUUUGUUAAUUUAAAAGCGUUUCAAACUUUUUUUUUUUUCAAUUGGCAAAGAGUAUUAAAGUUAUACGGCCUCAGUUAGAUCGUUCCAAAGACGUAAUUUCGACGUUAUCUUAUGAUGUUUUCCGAAAAUUCUGGUCAACAUUUUGACAUAUUUGCCUUGUACAGUAGUAAUAAGUAUGGGGAACUUCGAGAAAUAUAUAGUUGGCUAUAAAAUUUAUGGAAAUCAGAAAAGAAAGUCCGAGUUCUAAUACAAACUCGUUCGCUCGACUGCCACGGUUUGUGUAAGAAGACACGAACAUAUUUUUUUUAGCUUCCUAAGAUAUUGUAGCUGGCUGUUUAUACUGGGGUUUCAUUUGAAUUUAGGAACGCUUUAAUUUUUCAUGCAUUUUAUUGAAUUUGUGUCUCGAUUGAACAUUGCAAGAUUGUCAUAAGAUUGUCAAGAUUGGAGUUUCACGUCGCAUACUCGCGACUUUCUUUCGCAGUAGCAGUAAGUAACAGAUGAGUGUAUGUAAAGUAGUGAAAGUUCCGUAAUUAUGACAGAUUUUUAUCUAAGUGUCGAACAAAGAGGGUUCAGUAGGUGAUAUUUCGUUUCUAGUGUCUCUUCUAUUUUAUAACCACACUACUAUCCCCUUUUUGUUCGAAACUUCAACUUAGAAAAUAAUGUAAACAAAUUUUUACAAAUGUAUAAGACCAAUUUACAGCACAAGCAAUAUUUUGAACUUUGAAGUGAACUUAGCGUGUGCAGUUCGUUUUCGGUUUAGAACCAAUACAAGACGAUUUGUAAGAAGUCCAAAUAUUACUUUCUUAUUCCUUUCGCACUUUUCCGAGAAACGAAUCGAUUACUUCAUCUUCCAAAUGUAUAAUAGAGUCCGUUAGACACUGGAUGUUAUUACAUUCUGUCGACCAGUAGGUACUAUAGUUCACUUUCACGUUUGCGGUACAGAAUCGUUAGAUAUUCAUACAGUUUCUAUACACUGGAUUUCUAAAUUCUUCACACAUUCGUUACCUUUUUGACUUUUUGUCUUUCUUAAAUAAAAUUUCAGCUUCUCGGGUGAGUACCAGGCCAGUGAAUAGAAAUGGUAGCAUAGAGAAAAUCUUAGAUUUAUGGAACGUAUUUGUAGUAGUGGCUGGUUGUAAAGUCUUAGUACAAGUUUCGAAAAGCUCGACUAAGAUCUGAUGCUAAUAUCUUGUAUUUCUUACGCGGAUUUCGCAAAAAUCCGUAAGAGAUUUUCGGUUCUGCUUCCUAUAUUUUAUAUGGUAGUAGAUGCUAGCUUUCAUUUCGACAUUAAAUACGUGUAAUUGUCUUCGGUAAAAGACAUUGUACAUAUCUAAAGUUGAUUCAUAUUAAUUCAACAAAUACAAGAUAUUUCGACAGCUCUUAGGCCUAUAAGGUUAUACUUGUCGUCCCCGAAACGUUGUGCGAAAGCCAAACAAACUGUGUGGUAGCUUAGUGGUGUCAGAACAGUAGUCUCACGUUACAUACAAAUUCAUACAAAUUCCAAUUAGUGGUAAAUAAACGAAUAAAUCCGUGGGCCUAUGUCGGUCGAUGUGCAUGCCUCAAUCAUAGCUCCAAUCUCCGUAUAUUUAGAUGCCUUACAUAAUUAUAGUAAUAGUUUAAGAUAGACAGUGUUUACGAAUAUUUAUUGUGAUCAUACCGAUUAAUAGACAAUUAGCUCGUAUCAUAGUGCAAUCGGCAGUGUACAGCGAACGACACAGAACCACAAAUAAAGGAGUAAAUUUGGACCUACGCUUACUGUGUCAAUAAAUUAAAUGAAAUUAAUUAUAAAUCAAGAAGAUAAAAUAUUUUUUCAAUAGUCUAGUUUUUCGGCAGAUAUACGCUUAGUUUUUCAAUGUUACAUAUACAGUUGAGGAAUGCGUGUAUAAUAAUGUUAGCAAUAUGCGAAGCUUGAACGGAAGGAUGUAAAUGCGUAGUGAGGGCGGUACUUUGUUUAUUAUUGUGCCUCGGUGUUUAAAACAAUAAAUAAAUUGACAUCUUCAAUGUUCCGUUCAAGUGGUUUUAAUUCACUAACUCGUUGUCACAUGCUUUGUUUGUAACGUCCUCGUGCGGUUGAUUGUGUCAAACGUCCAUUUACCAAUUAGUGUAUAGAAUUCCUCCACUGUAUAUUAUUUAGAUGAUAUUUUUAUCUGGGAAUAUUCUGCAAUGUAUGUAUGAUUCAACCGAAUUGGAAUGAUAGCGAUCCUGCUAGAACGUGGUAUGCGACGGUGUCUUUCCAAUUAGGUUGGCUUAAUAUUUGUGUGGGGAUCAGUGAGACAACGUGUUGUUUAUUAGGUAGCGCUUUUAUUGGUAGGAUUAAUUUGAGAAUCAAUUACUUUACGCUCGCAUUGACACGGUCAGUCACAAUUUCUGUUUACGCGUUUUCAAUAUCUUUCGUUCUAUCAAAAUUUAUUUGUAAAAUAUUUUAUUUCAAACCAGUAUAACUGUGGUUGUCUGCGUGCUGACCCUGUCAAUACGAAUAAAAUGUAACGAAGCGCAAUUUUUAAAGUACCUAACACGGCCGGGUUUGUAAGAUAUCACUUGACGAUGUAUGUAAUGUAAUAGAUAUUCGAUUUAUUUUUGAUACUUAAUUACCUAUAUAAAUUUAUUGAGACCAUUGUUAACACUGCCUGCAAUAAUGUCAUUGAUGUGCAAUAUGCAUAAAUCGGCUCGAGUGAGGGUGGUUUGAUAUCUUGGAAUGUCAAAAUCGCCGUCAUUCAGUGGCCAACUUUAGUGAUAAAACGUGAUAUAAAUGUAGGCGUUUUUGUAAUGGUUGAUCGCGGUGGAUGUUGGUACUAGGAUCUGAUUUUUUUAUUGAGACUCCACGCAGAGGAGCGGUGAAACAGUCGAUAAUUUCGAGGAACUUUUCUCAUAGAAGUUUUCACCUUUUAAUAGUGAUAGGUACGAAGGUUUACGUUAGCGAUUCUUCCUCAUUUAUAGAAUAAAAUUCUAAAUUGUUUUAGCCUUUGACACGUCGAGUGCGUCUCAUAGACGGACGUUACAACAGAAGCUUAAAAUUAUCCUGGAGCGGGUGAACAUCGGCAGCCAGAGUAAUGAUAACUUUCUGUUUGAGUCUCACUGAUCGGUAAGUGUAUAUGGUAGGUGUUAGUCGGAGUGUAGCGGCUAGGAGCCGGCGCGGCGCGGCGUCGGCUGAACAAACGACAGCGGCGGACUAGGUUAAUGUCGCAUCGUGUGUCCCAACAAACUUCUCAGCGAGACAAUCCCCUCCCUUCCAAAACCUCUUUUUUAUACCUCUGUCGGUGUACGUAAGAGACUCGUGUAGCUUAGUUAAGUCCUUCAGUUUUGUACGGGCUCCGGAAGCGAAACGCCGCCGGACAUCCCCCCUAGUUGUAAGUAGGUUAUACGAUCUAGACCCUCCCAUGAAAAUAAUGUUUCAAUUUCACAAAUUAUCGUUAGUUCUAAGAUAUUCGAUUUAUUAGAAAACAACAGUAUUCGUCUCGUUUCGAGUGGUCUGAUCCUAAAUUGCUAAACGAUGUUAGAUGCAUUUUAUUUUUAGUUGUAGUAAGUUUUGUAAUUGUUCCGGGAGGUGUCCGACGGCGAAUCGCUUGUUUAGAAAUAGCGGGUAGCAUACUGGCGUAGUACAAAUGUAUGUGUGUUUGUGUGUGUCGAUAUUUUACUGUAUUUUUGAGCGAGCGCCACCUGUUGACAGCCUCUGACGGUCGGAGCAGGAUGUAGUGUAUGCGACGGUGCCGUGUUCUGGAGUUGAACCUUCAUCAGUGAAUUCAUAAGGCUUAUAGGCACUAAUAGUUCCGCUAUUCGUCGAAAUUUUUGUAGUCCAAUCGAACAAAAUCUGACUGAAAAUCUUGACAAACUUGGGAUUCUCGACCUUGCGAUUCAUUGUUACAUGUUCAGACUAGAGAUUUCGUCGUCUGCGAAGUUCUAUUAGCCACAAAUGCCGAUCGUUCACGGAUUAGUUGGUUGUUGUAGAUGUCAAUCCACAUCAGAGAGCUAUGAAUAUGAACUAGUCAUAGGCCGGGGUGUGCACAUCGCUCCCGUCCGUCCUGUGGCUGACUUCACCCCGGUGUCAGGUGACAGCGGAGUGACGCUGCCGCGGACGGGCGGCCGCGAUGAGCGCACGCCGCGCACACAGUCCUCGUUGUGAAGCGUUAGUUGUCCCAUCGGAAUAAGUAGUUAUAUUCGUAAAUCAUUUAUAAUUAUUACAAACAAUUCGGACCACUGCAUAGUUGUAUCUACGCUUAUUUUUGUCCUCUCCAUCGGAAUUUAUUUAUAUCGGAAUAAUUCUUAUUUUGAAUAUUUUUUAUUCAGUAUAAUCUAUUAUGUAUAUCAAACGAUAGGUGCUGUUGUAUUUAAUUUUUAAUGUUACUAACGCGAUUGUGAUAGGGAUGCGUCUCUCUUGUAAUCUAUCUGAUGAAUUGUGAAAAUUUUAAGCCAAAUCAUGAAAAGGGUAUAUUUGAAUUAUUACUUUUAGGAUAAAUGGGGUUAAAAUGAAGUUUUAUACGAAUCAAAUUUUACUACUGACGCUGUAUAAUUUUUCUAAGUACACAUAGAUUUUAAAAUCAUAUCAUGAUGGUCUUGUUCUAGGGCUCGUGUGGAGGUAGGAUUUGUAGGAGGGGCGCGGCGGCGCGGCACGCUCACCUACUUACUCGCACAUGUUAAUACCUAUCUGUACGAAAUUGCAUCUAUUGUCUGUACAUCGUUAUAAUGAACGCCCCGCCUCGCCCCGUCACAACAUUCAGUGUAAAUGCGAUAUUGAACGUCGCAUCCAAACAGAUCCAUUCAAAUUUUUACUCUCCAACCACAUAUAAAAUGUUGAUAAAUUUAGUGAGUAUUUUUGCAUUUAUAAUGUUGUCUUAAAUAGAUGAUACGAACAGUUUUAAAGCAUAAUAAUAUUAGAUCUACGAUGAGCACGCCUCGGAACAAUAGCAAUACAAUAGAGUUAAAUUAUUGUCAGUUUUUCAUACGAGUUUACUGUAAGAUUUGGCUUUACUGAAUUUGAAUAUAUUCUGAGUUAUACUUACGCUUAGUAUCGGAAAUUUGCAUAGUGAUGCAUUGAUCACACCUACCGAGUGGAAGGGUGAGACAGUGCGCUCGGCCGAGUACUCGGUGUGUAUGAACAUUACGACGAGUGCACGGCCCAGCGCUCGGUCGAGUUAUUUGGAGAUAGCUACUCGACCCCUGUUCUAUUUGCUAGGCCGAAUAUCCACCCCCGCGCUUCCCCUCAUAUGCCUUGAUCUCACCUACCGAGUGGACGGGCGAGACAGUGCGGGGAAGCGCCAUGUACGACGCGUAAGUAUCGCUCACGAGUGACAAGAGCUUUAUUGUAACAAGUUUAUCUUAUUUGUAGUAGAACAUAUAUGAUCUCUUUAUUUUUAAUAGAAUUUUGAUGGACAUUUUUACUUAAUAGUUUUAGCAGUGUGUAGAGUUGAAAUAGGAGUUACAUGAUCGCACAUUACGUUUGUUAUAUGACACUACACGUAUUGAUUUACAAAACUGAUGCCAUCCUACAUUGUGGAAUUAAUUUGUUCGCAUUGUUGAAACUUCCCAGGCGUACACACUACAUUUUUUUUAUUUGAAUGGGCGUAUAUUAUUCCUUUAUUAUUAGUUCCUUUUGGAAUUGUAUUUUUUAUUUGUACAUAAUUGUAUUAUAUUUCAUUUUCAUGUAUAUGUAAAUAUGUGAUUAAAAGGAUCCGAAGAUUUAUUUUGUAUAAAUUUGUCUUUUGUUUCUCAAUUGGAGCAAUAAUAUAAACUGGGAAGUUGCAACGCUGCUGGCGUAUACGUUACACGUUUGGAUUGUAAUUCGAAUUUAUCAAGUGAAGCCUUCUUGUUGUCUGUACAUUUUAUUUGUAAAUAUGUAAUUUGGGUAACUAUUAAUGCAAAACAACGAGCGAGCCGUCGCAUAUUGUCAGCCGUUUGGACUUCUGCGCACACUGACACCGGACUAACAUCUACGACGUACUAGCCUCCGCAGGUGUAUCUCCACUCUCCAUUCUCCACAGACAUUCCACAGGCCCAAUCGAAUUAGCUCAAUACUAAAGACUGUUUGAGACUUUAAAAAAAAAUAUCAUGAUAAUGAAAAUAUUUUCUGAAGCACCUUAACGACUUUACAAAAUGUGUUUUAUGGUGAUUUAAUGAUAAGAUCGCAAUGUUUAACUCACUAGUAUGUAAGGACAAAUGCUUUACGUCACUGUGAUAGACAAUACAAAUUUACCUGAGAGAGACACCAUAGGCAUUUAUGAGAAAAUUAGAAAUUGUCUUAUGAAAUGGGAAUGUUGCAUGCAGAGCUAGGGUCGAUGCGUUUUGUGAUACUACUGAUCAUUCUAAAACAUUUACAUGAGGCUAUUUACGUAUUAGAAUGAAGAACAGUAUUCUUGUCAAACACUACAAGUUAACAGGGAGGGUGCCUAAAACAACACUUAAGUACAUAUCCAUUCGUAAAUCAAUUGUGACUUAUUUGCUUUUCUUUUGUUUAUUACGCCCUCAGCAAUGCCCUCCAUUGUAUUCAGUAUUAAUUUCAAAACACAUUUAUUGUUCAAAAUUGUCGAAGUGUAAUUUGUAAAUAUAGUUUAUUCACAUAGGCUCGGUGUACAUGUAUCACAAAAUGGAUGGACGUUAGUUAGACAACAAUAUGUAAUAAAGUACAAAGCGUAUGUGCAGAAGUUCGGUCGCGGCUCGGUCCUGUGUUCGAGCGUCAGGUGUGUGCGUGCGUGUGAGUGUGUGUGUGCGCCGUGGUGCGCGUGAGGCCCGCGUCUCGCUGUUCAGUUUGUUGACACAUUAUGUAUAUUUGAAUGAAUCAAAUUAUAAGAGAAUAUGAAUUUUA